GCAGCGCGGGGCGCGCGGGAGCCGGGGGCCGCAGCGGCGCUGCUGAGCGCGGCCUGGGGCGGGGCGGGGCCGGCCGCGAUGCCGUGGUUCCCGGUGAAGAAGAUCCGCAAGCAAAUCAAGCUGCUGCUCCUGCUGGUGCUGCUCACCUGCGCCGCGUGGCUCACGUACGUGCACCUGAGCCUGGUGCGCCAGGGCCGCGCGCUGCGCCAGCGGCUGGGCUACGGGCGAGAUGGUGAGAAGUUGACUGGUGUGACAGAUGGCCGGGGCAUCCCAGCUGCACUGUCCACACAGAGGGCAGAGGACUCCAGCGAGAGUCGCGAGGAGGAGCAGGCGCCAGAAGGUCAGGACCCAAACAUGCUGCUCUCUGGGAAGGCUGGAAGGCCGCCCCCACUGAACCUCACUCAUCAGGCGCCCCCGUGGCGGGAAGAGUACAAGGGCCAAGUCAACCUGCACGUGUUCGAGGACUGGUGCGGGGGCGCCGUGGGCCACCUGAGGAGGAACCUGCACUUCCCACUUUUCCCUCAUACGCGCACCACCGUGAAGAAGUUGGCUGUGUCCCCCAAGUGGAAGAACUACGGACUCCGCAUUUUCGGCUUCAUUCACCCGGCGAGAGAUGGAGACAUCCAGUUCUCCGUGGCUUCGGAUGACAACUCUGAGUUCUGGCUGAGCCCAAAUGAGAGCCCCGCGGGUGCCCAGCUAGUGGCCUUUGUGGGCAAGACUGGCUCGGAGUGGACAGCCAUCCCGGCUCGGGCGGCCCCCACUGAAGCCCCCACCGAGGCGGGAGCCACCCCUCCCCUGUCCGCGCUUCCCAGCCCCAGGCACCAGUCCACCCCUAGGCGCUCCAGGGCGCUGAGCUGGGCCGCCAGGGCCAGGGCCCCACGCCCGCUGCCCCUCUUCCUGGGCCGUGCCCCACCUCCCCGCGCGGCACCCCGACAGCCACCCCCAAAGGUGUACGUGACACGGGUGCGCCCAGGCCUGCGCAUGGCCCCCCCUGCCCUGGCGCCACUCAGCCCACGUGGCCCACCCUGGUCGCCCUUCCCCGGUGUCUUUCUGCGCCCCAGACCUCUCCCCAGGGUGCAGCUGCAGGCGCCCCCACGCCCACCCCGGUAUCGAGGCCGCAGGACCGGCGGCUCCCAGGCCACAGAGCUGCGGCCUCCAGCCCGGGCGCAGGCCACCCAGGGGAGCUGGGAGGGCCAGGCUCGCGUGCUGGAACUCACGGCACCCACCUCGGACUUGAACUCAUCGUCUGAAACGGGGCCUGUGACCUCCUUCCUGAGCUUGUCCCAGGUGUCCAGGCCACAGCUGCCUGGGGAGGGGGAAGAGGAGCAGGAGGGGGAGGAGGACGAUGAUGGGGCUCCGGGAGACGAGGCCAUGUCGGAGGACAGCGAGGAGGCAGCUGGCCCGGCCCUCAGCCGCUGGCGCGAGGACGCCAUCGACUGGCAGCGCACGUUCAGCGUGGGCGCGGUGGACUUCGAGCUGCUGCGCUCCGACUGGAACGACUUGCGCUGCAACGUGUCAGGGAACCUGCAGCUACCUGAGGCCGAGGCUGUGGACGUGGUGGCUCAGUAUAUGGAGCGGCUGAAUGCACGCCACGGCGGGCGCUACGCGCUCCUGCGCAUAGUGAACGUGGAGAAGCGCCGGGACUCCGCACGCGGGAGCCGCUUCCUCCUGGAGUUGGAGCUACAGGAGCGCGGGGGCGGCCGCCUGCGUUUGUCUGAGUAUGUCUUCCUGCGACUGCCGGGAGCCCGCACUGGGGGCGCGGACGGGGAUGGAGAGAGCCCCGAGCCCGCUCCUGCCGCCUCGGCGCGCCCCGAUGGCCGCCCGGAGCUCUGUCGCCCGCUGCGCCUGGCCUGGCGCCAGGAUGUGAUGGUACACUUCAUCGUGCCAGUGAAGAACCAGGCGCGCUGGGUGGCACAGUUCCUGACGGACAUGGCCGCGCUGCACGCCCACACGGGGGACUCGCACUUUAGCGUCAUUCUGGUGGACUUUGAGAGUGAGGACAUGGACGUGGAACAGGCCCUGCGCCGCGCUCGGCUGCCCCGGUACCAAUACCUGAGGAGAACCGGAAACUUUGAGCGCUCCGCAGGGUUGCAAGCUGGAGUGGACGCGGUGGAGGAUGCCAGCAGCAUCGUUUUUCUCUGUGACCUGCACAUCCACUUCCCCGCCAACAUUCUGGAUGGCAUCCGCAAGCACUGCGUGGAGGGCAAGCUGGCCUUUGCGCCUGUGGUCAUGCGCCUGGCCUGCGGGAGCUCGCCAGGGGACCCACACGGUUACUGGGAGGUGAACGGCUUUGGCCUCUUUGGGAUCUACAAGUCCGACUUUGAGCGCGUCGGAGGCAUGAACACCGAGGAGUUCCGAGACCAGUGGGGCGGGGAGGACUGGGAGCUGCUGGACAGGGUGCUGCAGGCGGGGCUGGAGGUGGAGCGGCUGCGCCUGCGGAACUUCUACCACCACUACCACUCCCGGCGGGGCAUGUGGGGUGCACGGCGGGGCGCACACAUCCGGAAGGGCUCCCGCGCAGAGGGACCUUGAAAACGGGCCACCUAGCCCAGCCUGUCCCCUGAGUCCACCAUCCUGCGCGCCCCUCCCCAGAGAGGCAGGCUUCACAGCGGGUCAGGCCCAGGCUCGGUCCCCACACUCUGUGUGAUGAUUUCUGUGAAAUUUUGCUGUAGCGAUGACAUUGUUUUCAGGAUUUCCAGGAGUUCUGUCUGUUGCGUUUUUUAUUCAGAAUGAAAUGAAAUAUAUUUUUUAGUUCUGA